ACAAUAGUAUAAAAAAAAAUUAGUUUAUUUAUUUUUAAAGGACAUAUUAUUCUAUACGUAUAGACAAUUUUUGCUUAGAUGCAGUAGCAAAAGAAAAGAUAUUUAUUACACUAAAUGUGGUCGUGCUUAAUACGUAUGAAAAAUUAGGAUAUCUUGCGAUAUCCUAAAUCUUAUGCUUUACUUCUUCAUUGAUUUAUAAAACGCCAAACAAAUAUUAAAUUUUCUAAUCAAAUACAUCCGUGUGAACGAUUCAAAACGUUAAAAUAUUCACACAAACAUAUAGGAUAUGAGGCGGAAACAGGAUAUGCCCAUGAGACGAUACGAAAAGGAAAAAGAGAAAUGGAAAAAAGAGACGAAUAAGAAGUUGCAAACGAAGCAUACGUUUAGUUUAUGUUAGAUCAGUUAGCUCGAUAAAAACCGAGCAGUAACCAAAUAUAAUAGGUUCCAGUUAAACAGGGGAUGGAAGGGGGCUGCCGCGCCAUUUCUUUUAAAGCGCAUGCUUCUCCGUUCUGCCAUCAUUUACGUUUCAGCUACGAUCAUAACGUUUUGGAUAUUCGCCUUCGAGUGUCAUUUACGUUCUCUUUAACGUAAAUUUUUUUUCUUUAUCAUCUACAUUGUAAACCUCACGUAUAACUUGUUGAAAAUAAAUAUUAUUUUAUAAUAACACUGAUCGAUAACUUGGUUUGCAAUUAAACAUCGAACAUAUAAUACCACUACUACCGCUUGAAGUUCAAUCGAUCUAUAAUCCUUGAACUCGAUAUUCUCCUUCGAGAAUAUUCUUUUUUUCGAUAUUCUCGAAAAACAUUUUCCGUAAAUUAAAUUUGUGACUGUUACGAUCAGUGUAAUAUAUUUAAUAUCAAACAAAUCAUGGCUCUUGAAAUUCGCGUUGAAUCGCCAAAGGUGAAGUACACGGAAGAUUAUAUCGAAGCACAAUACGAGUAUCAAACAACGAAUGUUAAGGAAGACGAUGGUAUAAAAUAUACGGUGACACCUGUAACAACAAACUUACUAAUCAGAACACAAGUGAGAGUUCCAAAACUUGGAGUAAUGUUGGUAGGAUGGGGUGGAAAUAAUGGUACAACUAUUACAGCAGCAUUACUAGCAAAUAAACUUAACUUGUCAUGGGAAACAAAGAAUGGCAUUCAAAAGGCAAACUGGUACGGUUCUUUAGUUCAAGCAUCUACUGUCAAAUUGGGAAAAGGAAACAAGGAAGAUGUAUAUGUUCCAAUGUCUUGGAUGCUCCCAAUGGUUAACCCAGAUGAUAUUGAACUUGAUGGUUGGGAUAUUUCAGAUAUGAAUAUAUCUGAUGCUAUGCAACGUGCAAAGGUUUUGGAUAUUAAUUUACAAAAACAAUUAAUACCGCACAUGAUGCACAUGAAACCAAGAAAAAGUAUAUAUUAUUCUGAUUUUAUUGCAGCUAAUCAGGAAGAAAGAGCAAAUAAUUUAAUUUCUGGUACAAAAUUUGAACACUUAGAACGAAUUAGAAAAGAUAUCGCGGAAUUUAAGGAAGCAAAAAAUUUAGAUAAAGUAAUUAUAUUAUGGACUGCUAAUACCGAACGAUUUUCAGAGAUAAUUCCAGCUGUAAAUGAUACAGCAGAAAAUUUAUUAAAAGCUAUAAAAGACAACCACUCAGAAAUUAGUCCCAGUACCAUUUUUGCUGUUGCUGCAGCUCUAGAAGGAUGUACAUAUCUCAAUGGAUCCCCUCAAAAUACUUUUGUGCCUGGAGCAAUAGAAUUAGCUGAGAAACAUAAAACAUUUAUUGGUGGUGAUGACUUUAAGUCUGGACAAACAAAGUUGAAAUCUGUGCUCGUCGAUUUUCUAGUCUCUGCCGGAAUUAAGCCAGUAUCAAUUGUUAGUUACAACCACCUUGGAAAUAAUGAUGGAUAUAAUUUAUCUGCUCCUCAGCAAUUCCGAUCAAAAGAGAUUUCAAAAAGCAAUGUAGUAGAUGACAUGGUACAGUCAAAUAAAAUUCUUUAUCAACCCGGAGAAAAGCCAGACCAUUGUGUUGUUAUUAAAUAUGUUCCAUAUGUUGGCGAUAGUAAACGGGCAAUGGAUGAAUACACAUCAGAAAUAUUACUUGGAGGACAUAACACAAUUGUAGUACAUAACACAUGUGAAGACUCUUUAUUGGCUAGUCCAAUUAUUUUAGAUCUGGUCCUUUUGGCAGAACUUUGUUCACGUAUUACUUUCAAACUAGCAGAUGUAGAAGAUGAAUUUACUGGAUUUCAUAGUGUACUUUCUAUACUAUCAUAUCUUUGCAAAGCACCAUUAGUACCUCGAGGAUCGCCGGUGGUAAACGCAUUAUUUAAACAACGAGCUGCGAUUGAAAAUAUUUUAAGAGCAUGUCUUGCGUUACCUCCGGAAAAUAAUAUGCUACUUGAGCACAAAGUGAAUUUCACCAAAUAAAUACGAAUGGAACAAAA